CGCAUGGAUUACUGUUCUCUUGACGAGCUACUUUGUCACCUCCAUCUUUGAGCACUGUGGGUUUCCGGAUGAGCUCUGUCCGCCCACUUUGCUUUCGACCAGAACGUCAAUCCAAUUACUGUCUUGAGCCUUCCCGCAUAUGAUUAGCUCUAAAUCACCUAUUUAAGCGCGCGGGUGAAGCUGAGGCGGGCUAUAUACAGGGAAGAGGCGACCUCGUGGUCACCAUAACGAAAGAGUGAGCCUGGUUUGAACAAGAAUUCUGGUGUGAUAGCGCGCAGAUGCGUGAUGAGGACGGAGAGUUGCAUGCUCAAUGGCUACAGCAACAACCAAGCCCACUGGUUCGCAGCUGGUACAGUAUUCACCGCGCCCGUCUUCCUGGAAAUAGCACAGUACGCUGUCUUGCAAAGCACCUUCAGAUGAUGAAGGCUAAAAUCAUCGGCCAUCCCCGCCUUGUCGGCUCGAUCAUGGACCAUAAUCACUUCCUGUACAUUGGCCCUGACACUAGCUGUCCGUUACCUUUUUCUAUCGGGUUGAUUACCGUAACCCACCAAGCCCAGACCUCGAGCCCUUCUGAGUCUCGUGCGUUCGUCUGGUUCAGAUCUGAUGAGACUCGCUUCCCAGCAAUGUCUUCCAAAACCAGCGGUAUUGGGGUUGGCCACCAGACGAAUCAUCCUAGGAGCGAUGACUAUCAUUCUGUCGUGACUUGCCCAGCCGGACACCUUGGAAGAAGCAAUAACACCACGACCAUUUCCAGUUCCACAUUGCGGCCCAAAGAAGACUCAACCACCACAGCACCUUCAAAAGGUUCUUCGGCACGAAAUGCUGGAGAAGCUAGCGCCUUGCCUUCCAUGCCUAGCGCGGUAGACACCUCGAAGGAAAUGGUCUUCAAAGAAAGCGCCAACACCACCACGACCACUGACAGUACCGACAAACCUGUCCAGAGACCUUCUUCCGCAAAUCCAAAGACAAGUCGUGAAGAUGACAGGGUCAGUUCGACGCCAGUGGCAGGGAGGGAGGCUUUAGCCGGAAACUGGACGGCUGAAGGUCCUGUCGAUCUUUACUGUAAGAAAACUGGACAAUCCCACGCAGUACUCACCGCAUUCGGCUACUGGAAGUGUCCAAGAUGUGAUCAAUCUUUGCACCAACCCAAGAUUCAAAUAUCGGAUAGAGAGAGCGACCAGGAUAACUCUAGCGAGAAGGUAGAGUCGGCCCAGAGCGAAUCGGACAACUUUUCGUACUCCGUUCGAUAUGUGGAUGAUGAGCAUCAUCUGAUUUAUUCUAAACCGUGGCAAGGGCCAUUUGAUCUCCAAGAGGCCAGAAAAGGCGUUCUCUCCCAAAUCAAGACGAAACCCAUUCUCAGGGUCGAGACAGUAUUGGAAACCUCCAUACGCGGCAAUUGGCGACGAGACUAUUACGAGGUUGAGAAAAUCAAGUCAGACGGAAUUCUUAACAAUCCACUUGUGGAUGUAGCGGUUUGGAGAAUCGCGGUCACCGCCAUGUCCCCUGCUCUUACUCAAGCAAUCCGAAAGCUGGUUUCCUAUUACCCCUCGGAGGAUCUUCAUGGGAAGACUCUGGAAUUGGGUCGACAUCAUGAGUUAGUUUGGCAUCAUUUAGACGACUUCGAGAAGUACAUUGAGCAGCCUGAUGAAGAUAGCGGCACAAAACUUGCGAAGACGCAUUUACGACAGCUCUUGGCGCUUGUAGCGAGCAUCAAUGGCCAAGAGGUUGCUGACGAGAGAGUGCGGCACGCCAGAGAGAUGUGCACGUAUGACAUGGUGUGGCUUCUAUACAAACCGGGCAUCACUGUUUAUCUUGAGUCUCGCGGGAGUCUCGCAGCCUUUGUCGUCUUUUCGUGUGUGUAUUACGACGCUAGGAUAGAAAUCACGGAAGAUGGGCCAGUCGAACGCCCGAGAGGAUGGAAAGUAGGACUAUGGAACCUGGACUACGACGGGAGCUACGUCGGAAGGAAAGCUCGAGAUGUGUACCUACCUCCUUUUGAAGGAGAGCGCAGGAUCACCAACCUCAACAUCAUCCCUGCUAAGUACAAAGAUGAGGAAGAUGGCGGAAAGCUCCGGGAAGCACUGAUAAAGGAUGGACAACGAUGGUUUGAGCUGCUACGUGGAAGGCAGGUAUCAUAUUCUGGUCGCCUGCUGGAUGACAGGAAGCGUGAGCUCCAAGGCCGCGUCUACGUUGACACUGCUUCAUACUACAACAUUGAAAGCGCAAGCCAUGUCAAUGGCGCUUCUGAGCAUGGAGACGAUACGGCUGAGAAGGACACGCGCAGUGAGAAGAAGGAAAAAUUACGAGAGGCUACCUUUCGACGUCCUCCACUUUUGGGGAAUGUCAACGAUAUGGGCCGAGGUUUAGCGAAGUGUCCCUGUGAAGAGUGUCACGGAUUCCGGCCGCACCCACCUCACGGAUUCCCUUGGACUGAUUACGACCUCCUGAACCCUCAUAAACUGGAAGUAUCAGAUCUUAAACUGCCCGAUCAUUUCCCAGAUCCAGAGCACAGGUAUCUCUUAUGCAAUCGACGACUCUUCGGCUUUGACUUGAGAUCUAGAAACUGGCUGAUGCUUGACGUGCGGUUCUGCAAGGACCUUAAGCGGAACACAACGGCAAUAAACACGCUGGUGCUUCAAGAGGAGACCAAGAACAUGAUCAAAGCUCUCAUCCAGAAGUACUCUGGUGAUGCGAAAGGACCUGGAGUUCCUGCGGCCUCUUGGAGAGCUGACCACAUCGAGAACAAAGGCGAAGGCCAAAUCUUCCUACUUCACGGAAGCCCCGGUGUUGGAAAAACAUUUACCGCAGAAUGCAUCGCCGAGUACACUGGGAGGCCGCUGCUCUCGCUCACGUGCGCAGACAUUGGAACCGAGGAUGUCAGCAUGGAAAAGAAGCUGAUGAAAUGGUUCCAGCUGGCAGAGAAGUGGGGAGCGGUCAUGCUCAUCGAUGAGGCUGACGUGUUUCUGGAGAAGAGAGUAACAUCUGAUCUCAAGCGCAACAGCCUGGUAUCGGUGUUCCUCAGAUGUGUUGAGUACUACCGUGGCGUGCUGUUCUUGACGACCAACCGAGUUGGCCAAUUCGACGAUGCCUUCAUGUCACGUAUCCAUGUGGUGAUCCACUACAAGAGCCUAACGCCCCAAGACAGGAAGAAGAUCUGGCGGCAGUUCUUCAAGAAAUUGUCUUCUGAACGUACUGAUUUUCGGAUCACACGACGCGCUCAAGAUUAUGUGCUGGAGGAUAAGGAUAUUACGAGCAUGCCGUGGAACGGCCGAGAGAUUCGAAACGCCUUCCAAACCGCCGUUGCUCUUGCCGACUUCCGAUUCAUGCAGAUAGAAGACAAGGAUGAGAAUGACGUGCCGACACUGGACCAGGAAGACUUUGAAGAGGUGUGUAACAUGAUGAUCAAGUUCAAGGACUAUUUGAAGGAUCUUCAUGGAAAGGAUGAGGAUGAGCGAGCGCACAAGGAGUUUUCAAGGGGUCCCGUUUUUGGGCUGGAAGACUGAUGGAUUCGGGCGGGUGAGUAUCAACGUGCAGGGGUUGCCGUUUGACUGCUGUCGAAUGGUUCAGUUGAGGGCUUCCUUCAUUCAACUGUGUUGAUUGCAGUUUGCCGUAGAAAUUAAAGAGACGUUCUUUCUCAUUGUCCCCUAUCGCUCGUCUUCAGGACCAGACGCUCACCAGCCUCACCUCAACCUCUG